AUGGGAAACAAAGAGAGAGCGAAGGAGCGAAGAGAAAAGAGGAUGCAAGAGAUAUCGAUUCUCAGGACUAUGCCCUAUUCUGAUCACCAGAGGUGGUGGUCUAAGGAAACAGUUGCCGUGGUUACUGGUGGAAACAGAGGCAUUGGAUUUGAGAUUUGUAGACAACUAGCUGGACACGGAUUGACUGUUAUAUUAACAUCAAGGGAUGCGAGUGCUGGUUGUGAGGCAGCUAAGGUCUUGCAAGAAGGUGGUCUUAGCGUAGUUUCACAUCAACUGGAUGUACUAGAUUCUUCAUCCGUCUACCAUUUUGCUGAGUGGUUACAGAAAAAUUAUGCUGGUUUGGAUAUUCUGGUAAACAAUGCAGGAGUUAAUUUCAAUCUUGGGUUUGAUAACUCUGUUGAAAAUGCCCUUAAGGUUAUUAAAACAAAUUAUUAUGGCGUUAAGAUAAUGAUUGAAACUAUGAUUCCGUUGAUGAAGCCUUCCACUAAAGGUGCUCGUAUUGUUAAUGUGAGCUCGCGUCUUGGUAGGCUAAAUGGUAGACGCAAUAGAAUCGGCGAUGUAGCCUUGAGGGAGCAACUAGAUGACGAGGAAUCCUUUUCAGAGGAACUGGUUGACAGGACUGUGUCCACUUUCCUACAUCAAGUAGAAGAUGGAACAUGGACAUCAAAUGGGUGGCCUCAAACCUUCACUGACUACUCUGUGUCAAAACUUGCAGUUAAUGCUUAUACCAGACUUAUGGCAAGAAAGCUUUGUGAGCGACCCCAGGGUGAGAGGAUUUACAUCAAUUGCUAUUGCCCUGGGUGGGUGAAGACUGCUCUUACGGGUUAUGCAGGAAAUAUCACUGCUGAUGAAGGAGCUGAUACUGGAGUAUGGCUUGCCCUUCUUCCUGACCAACCUGUAUCUGGGAAAUUCUUUGCAGAAAGGCGGGAGAUUAAAUUUUAAGCCAUUUGGAUUUUGAGAUGUAUUGUGUAUAUGUAUGAAGGGCAGCUAUCACCUUUUGGGAUGGAGAAGAAGUCGACUUGCUUGAUCAGUCCAUGUAAAACCAUGUUUGAAGUCAACCUGAUGUUUCGCUGAUGCUUGAGGAAUGAGGGCCUUGUCUAUUUCCCCACGAGGUUACUAUUUCCUAGUGCUAAUAGUUAAUAUCAUUUCAGUCUUUUAAUCCU